CAAACUAAAAAAUAAACCUACAAAGUGACGAUUUAGACAUUAUUUUUUUAAAGGGUUUCAUGUAGCUAAACUUACAUAAAUUAGCUUGUGACUUGUGAGUCAAGUUUCAGUUCGGUGAGCUUAAGUUUACUUUAGCUUCAGGUCAACUUUACCUUGUGUUUGUGAAUACAGUCAACCCAGGGACGAUGGACAUGAUGAGGAAAGAUUCCAGAAAAGUGAAGAGGACUCUUUAUCCAACCAAAACCAUCAUGACACGCAGCCAGUGUCUCACCAGCACCAGCCACUUCCACAGGCUCCCAGCAGAGGUGUUCAACAUGAUACUAGAUAAAGUGUCUGUGCUGGAGCUCAGUGUAUUUAGCAUGGUGUCCAAAGAAAUCAGUAGAUGCGUUAUGGAAUACAUCUCCACCUUGGCCUGGAGAAAAAAAACGAUCACCCAAAACCACUCCAGUUGCCUUGAACAGGGAUCCACUAAUGGACCCUUCAGAAACCUGGGGUUAUUAUUCAAACGAUGUACAUUGUUUCUGCCAGCAAAGGACAAGUUAAAGUUUAUCUUCAGCCAACUGUCAAAGAUCCCCUGCUUCAUGUUAGAGCAGUGUCUAGUUCCGAAUUGCAGUGGCUUUGCCAGGUGUGGUGUCUUCCUCCAGACUCUAACUGCACAGUGGGAUGAGCUGGAGUGUCAUAGAGUGUUUAACUUCCUGUGGGAGCACACAAACCUGCUGCAAAAAAUUGAGACAGUGAUCUAUGCAAAACCAGGAACGAGGUGGUACCAGGAGCUGCAGCUCCGUAGUUUCUGCCGUCAGGUUCUGCUGGACCCGAGGCAGAACCAGCCAUCAGAGUGUCAGUUCUGGCUAAUACAACUCCUGAAGCCUUGGCCCAUUGUCAGUCAGGCUCGCUUGCUUUUCAUCCUCUAUGGACCACUGAUGCCUGAGGGGACUCUUGUUUGGCAGGACCUGGUGGAGAGAGGCCUGUCCCACGGAGCACUGUGGGACCUGGCCACAUCCUUCCUCCUGCUCAUUGGCAAAAGAGAAGUUAAAGGCUGGACCAGCAACUCAAUGCUGGCAAUCCUGGAAGAGCUUAUUGUCAUUCCUCAGCCCUGGCACGUGGAGAACGUGGCUCGUCUGUUGGUGUUGUGUGGCAACACUCUCUGCUACACUGUUCUGGCCAACAAAGCCCUGAACGGACGACUCGCUGAGAUCUCCAGACUCAUCGUCUUCAUCAUACUGGUGUCUGAGAAGGACAGCUAUAACAUGAGCAAUGUGGUGAAGUUGGUGAUACGGAUCUGCAAGAUCUUUAGCACGUCUGCAGAAAAGACCGGCUUCAUACAACAACUGGAGAACAUGUUCUCAGAAAUCACCAGGGAGUUCUUCGAGGUUUGUGUAGCAGGGAACCACCUUGAAAACCGGGAGGCUUUCCAGAGCCUGUGUAUCCUCUUGGACUCCAGUGCUCGUUUCCACACUAAACUCAUCCUUCAGGUGCCAAUGUAAGAAUGAUGCUGAUUGAAAGUGACAAGAUGUGGAGCAGGCGAGAUGGAGAAGAAACAAAUGGCGAGAAUAAAACAGAGUCUCUGGAGAGAGGAAGAGAGUGAUGCAGCUUUACAACAAAAAUGAGACUUGUGUUUUCAUGGUAGGUACGAAAUCUGCAGUCAUUUCACUGUAUGUUGGAAACAGCAUUCAAUUCACUGGUUGAAAAGUGUUUAAUUCCUCAAAGUUUAAAGUUUUAAACUAUAUUUAAAAAUUGCAUUUUUCCUGUUCUCUUUUUCAUUUGUUUUUUUUAAAAUGAAAACAGUAUUUAUAAUCUCCAAGUAGCCUUUUAAAAACAAUUCAUGAAGUCAUGAAAUAAAAAUGAAACAGUUUCAAAAGAAAGUUUGUUGAUUGUUCAAAUAA